UUAAAACUCGAUUUGUUUCAAAUUUUGCUUCGCAGUUAUUUAAUUUCACAAAUUUUAUUUACGGAAAAGAAACAACCUUCUGGUGAUAGAAAAGUGAAACUAUUUAGCCAUGAAUUUGCUGCCUUUAUUGUUGCUACUGCUGCUCGUCAAUUGGCAUCCGCUGAAAACUGAGGCAGCCAAUAUACUCUGCCUCGUGGGCACUGCACGUCACAACAAUCCCGGCUGGACACAACCGCUCUUCGAGGCGUUGGCUGAACGCGGCCACCGCCUCACCGUGCUGAGCACUGCUCCAGCUCCAGCUCCAGCUCCAAAGCAGAAAGUGGAAGGCAUCACUGUAUUCUCGCUGCCCAACGAUUAUGAUGUGGUGCACAAGUACUUUGUCAGCCGCACGUCCUCCUAUAGCUCGGUUUUCACUGCACAGCAAAUGUUUGUCUGGCACGACGUACCUUUGGGCAGCUGCCGUUCGGUGAUGGAAUCCCCAAUGCUGGCCAAGCUACGUGCCCAAUUGAUUGAUGAGGUAGCCGACCAAGAUUUGAUCAUCUCCGAUGCCACCAAUGGCAUCGAAUGCCUGCUGCCGCUGGUGCCCAAGGCUCGUUCCAUACCCAUUCUGGGCGUGAGUGGCGGCAAGCUGACGUCGGACCUACUGAAGUUGGUACGGGCUGAGGACACCAUCAAUGUGGCAAGGAUUCCACAUCCCAUAAGCCAGCUACCGGAACAAAUGGACUUUGUGGGCCGUCUGCAAAACUGCGGCUUGUAUUUGGUGGAGAAAUUACUUUCCUGGUCCGAUAUUUUUACCAUUACCAGGGGCGCAGUGGCACGCAAGGAUCACGUCUAUCCACCCCUUAAGUUGAUGCUGCUGAACACCCAUUCCACACUGGAUUACGCACAGAAUCUCCCAGCCAGCGUGAUCGAAGUGGGAGGCCUUCACAUUUGGACCAAGUCCAGGCCUCUGCCGGCGAACAUACAAAAAUUCGUGGAUAAAUUCAUCAAUGCGAUUGUCUACAUUAAUUUUCCGCACAUUGAUCUGUUUUUUGGUAUUGGAACUAAGGCUGUGGUGCACAUGGCCAAGCGGCAUCCCACUUACGGCUUCAUCUGGAAUGUGGAGAAUGUCAAGGAGCUGCCCGAGAAGAUGAACAACAUUUUGACGCUGCAUGUGGAUGCAAGACUGCAGCAGGAUAUACUAGCACAAUCCGGUGUGAAGUGCUUCCUCAAUCAUGGCGACAGUUUCAGCCUCCAAGAGGCCAUCUACCAUGCCGUGCCCGUGCUGGUAAUUCCACUGAUACUCGAACAAUUCAAUAACGCUCUGCGCAUCGAAGAACGCAAUCUUGGAGUCAUCCUCCCGACCAACACUUUCUUUGAGCUGACCAUGGCCAGAACCCUUAAGCGCGUACUCAACAAUCAGGCGAUCUACACGGCUGUCUCCCAGGCUCAGGUCAAGUUCCGCACACGUCCCAUGCCACCGCUGGAGCAGGCCGUGUGGCACGUGGAACAUCUGGUCACCGAACCCGAACUCUACAGCCAGCUGGCCAGACCAUCCGUCAACUUUGUGGUGUCCCACUCGCUGGACAUUUUGGCCAUUCCAGCCAUAGCUCUGCUGAUAUUAAUGGCCAAUGUGCUGCUCUUGGUGUUCCAGUUGAUGCAAUCCAACGACGAGUCCCAGAAAUCAGUUCCCCAGAAGCGUGUACAUUAUUUUCGCGACAAUGAUGCCAAUGAGAUGACUUAUGCGACCUGGGAAGACUAUGCCACACGCACUGGCAAUGUGACUCGCUCGACAGAAGAGAAUUCUUCAGAUAUUGAUGAGACAUUGGGGCAGCGCGUGAAGAGUCGUCUGGAGAAAAAGACGGACUAAAUUCGUAACACAUCGAUUGAUCUUUAACUAUUGU